AUGGAAGAGCCUCCACAAGAGGCUCUGGCUAAACCCUUGGAACAUGAAAUUCCAGCCGCUCCCUCAACUGCUGGACAUACUAAUGGCCAGAAAGAAGACGACCAGAAGAACCAGGCCAAAAGGAAGGCAGAUAACCAAAAUGCUCACAGAAUAGCUGGCCAGACUGUCCUAAGAGUGCCUAGCCAGGCUGAAUCCAACAUAUUUAGCCAACCUACCAAUGGAGUAGCUAAACAAAAUGGGCAUAGUACACCUGGUACUAUGCCUGGCGGCAAAGUCUCCAACCCUGUUAAUGCUUCUGACCUUAGAGCAUAUGAUCAGGUUGACCAAACACCAUCUGAACAGACUGAAGGCAAGGCAUCUAGCCAACCUAAUAAUGUACAGUCUGAACAGAGUGAUGGCCAGGUGUCUGGCCUGACUGAGGAAAGAACGGCUGAACAGAUUGAACGAAGAUUACCUAGCCAGGCUGAAAGAAGACCUUCUGAGCAGAUUGAUAGUGAACUGUCUAUGCCAUCUGACCGGAGAGGUUCUGAACAGACCCACAACAAAAUGGCAGGCCAGUCUGAGAGAAGAGCUUCUGAGCAGAUGGACCGCAGAAUGUCUGGCCAGGCUGAGCAAAGAACUUCUGAGAAGAUUCCCCGCAGAUUAUUAAGCCCAUCUGAGGGAAGAACUUCUGGACAGAUUGACAGUGGAUCGUCCAUGCCAUCUGACCAAAGACCUUCUGUACAGAUUGACCGAAGAAUGUCAGGCAAAGUUGAGAGAAGAACUUCUGUGAAGAUUCACCACAGAUCGACUGGCCUGGCUGACCAAGGAACUUCUGAGGAGACUGACUUCAGAUUGUAUGGCCUGGCUGACCACAAAACAUCUGUAAAGACUCACCACCAAGUGUAUGGCCAAGCCACUGAAAUAGCUGAGCACCAGGCUAUUGACCAAGCUCAUAGUAAUGCUGAUCAAUUUCCAGUUGACAAGGCUGACUACAGCGAAUCUUACCAGAUUGACCACUUAGCAGACAGACAAACUAAUCACAAAGUCCAAUUGUCUUACUAUGGAACACGUGGCCAGUCUGAAGGCAGAACAUUUCCCCUGUUAGGUAAUGGCAAGGAACACAAAGAGGCUGACUGCAGAGUACAACCCUGCAAAUUUGAGGAUAGCCAAGUAGACCCCAAGUCCAAGCUUUCAGCUGAAAUGGAAACUCAACAUGCAACCACUAUCCCAGCCUGCAACCCAGUUGAUGCCAGAUUCACCAGUAAUUUCCAAGCAAAAGACCAAGCCCAUUUCCAAAGACUCCCCUCCAUUUCAUCCAAAUUGAACUAUAUCAGCAGUCAAGAAAAAGCUCAAGCCUUAGUAACCAAAUCUGAUGAAUUUUCAGAAACUGAGCACAGAAAGAGUUAUCGUACAUCCAAUCAAGCUUAUAGGAGGUUCCCUUGUAUAGUUUAUGAAGAUCCUUAUCAAGUUUCACUCCAGUACAUGGAAAAACACCACAUUCUGCAAAUAUUCCAGCAGAUUACUGAAAACUUAGUCUAUGAAAAGCCAGAGGACCCCCUGAAUUUUAUGCUGUGCCAGGUAUAGAAUUGGAGAAAAAGAACAACCUUUUUAUUCUCUUUAUUGUAAAAUACAGCACACAUAUGGCAAAGUGUAUAGAACAAAGUAUGUACAACUCUGAAUUAUUAUGAAGUAAACAUACCUGUAACUACCAUUCAAGUUUUUAAAAAAUAAAACAUGACCGGC